CUCCGUUUAUAACAAACAAAGACGCUUUUUCUUUCAAGAGCAGAGCAAGUUGAAGGACAAUAAUCAGCUAAAUGCGGCUAACGGCUUCAUGCUAGCAGAGCAACAUUAGCCUGUUGUUAGCUUUAGUUAGCUCGCUACAAGUUGUUGUUGUUGUUGUUGUUUGUCAGAAUGGCGGACAGGAAUCUGGUGCAGGAGCUGAAACGUUGGGCGACAGAAGAGUUUAAUCUGCCCCCGGACAGCCUGCCUAAUGACAGCUACUGUAAAACGCUCUGUGUUGGAACCGGGAAGUCAAUAUGGAAAUAUGUCAUCCAGCACGUGUUUCAGCAGAGGAAUGUGAGGAUCAUGCGUGGGAAUCUUCAGUGGUACAAAGUGCUUCAAGACAAAGAGGUGAAGCAGACUGAGGGCCAGAGUGAGGCUGCAAAGCGCAGAGAGCUUCAGAGGAAGAUAGAUCAGCUGAGAGCUGAGAUCAGUCACCUGGACUCUCAGAUCAGUGGAACAGAGGAGCAGGUGGCCACACAAGAGCAGUCCGUCGGUCGCACCUGGUCUGAGGUGGAGGACAGCCAACGCAGAGAGCUGCUCCUCCAGGCCUUCAGGCAGCGCUGCAUCUCGGGCCGCAAGGUGCUCGCUGAUGACUCUCAAAAAAUCAGUGAGCACUGCCAGACACUGGAAGAGAUGGCCAGGAAAGCAGAGACUGAAGUGCUGUUUGACGGGAAACCGUCGAGAAGCACAGAUGAUGACAGCAUCAACUCUAAAGCAGCAGCGGAGGCACAAGUCCUGCGCGAAGUGAGGGCGCUGUGUGACGACAGGGUCCACUUCUAUCAGUCUUUACAAGAGGGCGAACUGAAAACACAGCACUCUGCAGCAAAACGUAUGUCCCGUGAACAGAGGACCGCUGUGUUCCAGUACUGGCUGAGCGCCGUGGAGAACGUGUUGGAUAGUUACCCUCCGAACCACGUCCUCUCUGCGCUGCAAUAUUUGGCUUCGAGAGAGCAGAAGGAAUUAGAGGAGAAAGUAGCUUCUCUGGAUGUGACGCGGGAUGUGACGGCUCUGCGGUUCCGCUAUGAAAGCAAUCACCUCCUGGACGUGUCAGCAGAGGAGGAUCACGAGCUGCCGCCGGUUAAAGCCCUCUUAGAGGCUGCUUGGGAAGAGGUGGAGCAGAGUUUGGUGGAGUUGGCCCAGACCCGCUCCAGAGUCCAGCAGCUGAAAACCCAGCUGCAGGCCCGGAAGAAGGAGGCCGAGCAGGAGGUGUCUGGUAUCGGAGACGAGCUCCACAACGAUUCCGUGGCGCUGUCAGCUCUGGAGGUGGAACUGCAGUGUGUGAUGCAGGCAGCAGCCAGGGAUCACAUCAGAGACCGCUGCAUCCAGCUGGACCAGGAUGCCAGAAGUCGACAGGAGGCGCUGAGAAACCUCCGCAGCCAGUGGCAAAGCAUUCUGGACUUCAGACAACUAGUGGUUCUCAGGCAGGAGGACAUUCGAGGUCUGAUUAAGGGGAACUCAACAGCCAAGACGCAGCUGAUUCGCCUUCACAGAGAGUUGCAGGAAUUCAUCCAGAGCGAGCUUGUGCCACAGUUUGGAGACGUCAUCGCUGCAGCCAACAGUCUGAGGAACUCUAUUUCUAAGGAGGCCAGACAGCUGGGAACAGUUUCGCUGCUUUCGCUGGACCGCAGGACUAUUGAUGGAACUCAAAGAAUCCCCGCGUCAUGGUUGUCCAUCCAUCGCCUGCAGUCCCCGACCUUUAAGGGCUUGUGUCAGAGCCUGACGUUCCCCCUCUACAAGGCUCCAGAGGAGUUGUGUUCCCGGUCGCGCUCCCAGCAGCUCGAGUUGCGUUUCCUCCAUCAGCUGCUGCAGCUUCACUCUGCUGCUCUGCAGAAAACAAAGAAGGAAGCAGAGCAGCUGCAUGCGUCUGAUCAAAAAGCUCUGCUGACCCGAGUCAGGGAGGAGGAUCAGAAGCUGCUAAAGGCGUUGGUGCCACGAGUCCGAUGCCUCACGCAGCGCUGUGCACAAGGCCUCUCUUAUGGGGACCAAGUCAAAACUGCCAUCUCCUACUGGUGGGAUAAACCAGCCCAGCACGUCCUGCCUGAGGUCCAGAAAGGAGGUCUGACUUUUCAGCAGUGGCUACAGAGGUGGAAACUCGCUGCCAAAGCCUCGUAGUUUAAGGAAUCCAGCAGAGAUCUUUUUCAGCACCUUUCAGUGUCAACAAUGAGCACACUGUAGUAGCUAGGAAAUGCUAAUAACUAUAAUAUGCAGUUUGUUUUUUCAGAUGUUUUUCAUUGUCAUUCUUGCUUCUCAUGUAAAAGCCACUAAUAAAACAUUUUUAAUGCAGAUGGUAAUUCAAGGAGCUUCAGUAAAAAGCUGCUAAACUUCUCUUUCCAGUUCACCUAAAAGAGAAGUCUAGUUGUUUUUUCUGUUUAAGUUCAAGAAGCACAGGAUUACCACCAUUGCUCCUCAUGUGAAAGUCACUAAUAAACCAUUAUAAGUGCCAAUAUUUGUUCCUGUUUCCUUGAAAUGUUUUACCAAUAUGGUGAAGUCAGUUACAUUUUUCUGGAGCUCCCGAGUACAGUUCAAAGUAUGAAGCUACUGUUUUUGAACUGGAUUGUCUACUAGUAGCUCAGCAUUGAUCAGUCAGCCUUCAGUCCAUAAACCACAAGUCCAGCUGCUUUGUUUUGUUCCUGGUUUAGGUUCUUGAACCAACAGUGCAGUUGCAUUUAACUUUGGUACAUAAUGAAGUAUGUAGCUGUUGCUUUGCAUGGACCAACAUUGUGUUUUCUAUUCUCAUCACUGCUCCUUGUGUGAAAUUCACAAUUAAAUCAUUUUAAAUGCAAA